UUGGAAAUAUGGAACAAAAAAACUGAUACAUUGUCCCUAUGCCAUAAUCUGAAACAUAAAUUGUCCCCUUGGUAUAAUUUUUUAAGAAAACCCAAUUAUAUCCCUCAUCUCAAAUGAUUUAAAAUGAUUUCGAUUUUUUAAAUAUAAUUAAUUAAAAAAAUAAAACAAAAAGAGAAAAUAAAACAAAAGGGGGAAAUCGUGUUUUAACCCUAAUAUCGUUUCUCUCCUUUGGCGAUACAGAGCAAAAGAGGAUUCUCAGAUCCUCGAUUUCUCAGAGGUCUCCUUGCCGUCGCCGGUCUUUCUUCUGACCGCUAGCACUCCGCCGGUGGUCUUCUUCUUCUUAAUCGAACCUCCGGCUCACUUCGCGUCUCGUUGUCAAUUAAAUCGCCGAACACAGAAGCUCGUACCUCGCCGGGAACUGAAGUUGUUACCUCGCCGCUCUGCAAUUCACACACUCAGCUUUAGUUUCAAGCAAAACAAUCGAGACUUUCAGGUAUGACGGUGGAUCAGUUGCCUAAAUGCCUAUUCAAAGAGGGUACCGAAACACAAGUUGAGAAGGUGAACAACACUUGUAGAACUUCUAUACUUGAGGAGGUGGAGAAGUACGUUGAGGCAGAGUACAAAGAAGUGUUGGCUGAUCCGCUGUUUGCUCAGGUUAUGGCAAUUUAUGAGCAUAAGCUUCAGUAUUCGGGGAGACUGAUCCACACCUUUGCUUGUAAGCAGCUUCUUACCGCAAAACGUCAUGAGUUGUGGUUCCAUUAUGCUCGGAGGCCUCUCAGAUUUGCGAUGCAAGAAUUCCAUGCGGUUACUGGUCUGAAAUACAAAGACGACGAGCCUGACUUGGGUAUUGAUGAUUGGAGCUAUGAUAAAGGGUUUUGGGGUAGGUUGCUAAGGAGGAAAAAAAAGAUUAGCUUACAGGAAAUCAGGAAGGUGCAUCUGAAGGAUUGUAAUACCUGGUCUCAUCUCGACAGGCUUAGGAUGGUGUAUUUGUGUGUGAUCGUUGGUUUAGUUAUGGCGAAGGAUGACACUACAAGAAAACAUGCCUAUUGCAACAGAAAUUUGCAACAGAAAUAUUCCCUCGCAAAAUUGCAACGGAACUACGAGUGA